AUGGCUUUUUCGCCUGCUUUCCGGGGCUUCCAGGCCAGCACGGCCACAGAAAGGGGCGAGCGGCGAAGCAACGCUCACUGCGCCACGUUGACUCCGCCGUUCUCAGCGCCUGUCGCUGCUCGAGGACGUGCACAUUUUUGCGCAGCGGCCCGCGUAGAGACAUCGCACGGUACGGCUUUUCUCGCGGCUGACCAGCGCCGGGCGCUGACGAGAACGAAAGUUUCCUCAGCCAUUUUUUUGCUAGGUUCCGUUCUAAUUCUAAUUUGUGCCCUGUCCUUGCCUCGCGGCGCUCACGCUUCCGUCUCGGAGGGAUACCUCCGAGGCAGCAACCGGGAAAAGAAAACGAGUCGGGCGCCGUCGCCAGAGGACCAGGUGUCCUCUUCCCAGCAUCCGCGGGGCGCUCCUUUCGAGUCUUCGGUCUCCGAAUCCUCGGAUUCUUCUCAACUGUCCGCUCCAUCUUUCCAGCUUUCGCCGGCGGUAGGCUCCUCUCAGCCUCCGCCGCCUCCGCACUUUAAUGCGGCAGCGUCCUCGACGUGGGCACCAGUUUCUACCGCCUCCCCAGAUUUCCCCCCCCAAACUUCGUCGCCGUUCCUCCCCCCCUUACUCAAGGACGACUCCUCUGUCGCCGCUGCAGAGUCCCGUCAGGACCCUACUGACGCGACAGACAAUCCAGCGGCGCCGUCCGCCGUCUCUGCAGCAGCUACCGGCGCCUCGAAGCGCGCGAGCUCCCCAGGACCCGUCGAAGUUUCGGCGAACGCCGUCGCUUCGCCGCUAGCGUCCCCUUCUCUUCCUGCCUCUCUUUCGUCUCCUUUUCCAUCUCUCUCUGCGGCAGACUUGGAGCUUCUGGAGGCGACUGCGUCGAAUAAAGGGCGAACGCCGCCAGUUGCGACCUCGCGCAGGCCGUUUUAUCCACCGCUCCUUCCCGGAGCCAGCCUCACGACGUUGGCGCUCGAGAAAGGCCUCGCACCUCCGAGCCAGGAGAGAAAGAGAGACGCGGCUCUCCCUGAGGACCACUACGUCCACGCAGGUCCUCUGCCGAAACUCCUGAGUCCCGAGGAGACGAGGCGCGCCGAGCGUCUGCUCAAGUUUCAGGAAGAGGAGAAGUCACGGAAGGCCCUCGACACGCUCCAAGCGCUUCUCGCGCAGCCCGUUCAGACGCAGUCGGUGCCGCUGCUUCCCUUGAAAUCUUUGAAUAUCAAGGAGGAUACAGCCGCCCCGGAACCGUGUGCGUGCGCGGACUGCGAAGAGGCGGGCAAAACCGCGAAAAGGAAAGACGGCGAACUCGGCCCGCCCUGCGAAUGUGAGGACUGCCUACGGAGGGCGGAAGAGGAAAAGAGACGGAAAGAGGAAGAGAAAGAAGCCGAGGAGGCGAACGAGGAAGACGGGGCAGCCAAGGAGACAGUUGAGAAGGAAGAGGAGGCGGAGGAAGAGGUCGCGGCAACAGAGACCACUACAUCUCCCCCUUCAACGGUUUCCAGCACAGAGGCAGAGCUGAACCUCAAAGCGGCAGAACUCAGGACGGCGAGGGCGAGACUUGCUUGCUCCCUCGCUUCAGCCGUCUUCGGCAUCUCCCUUGGUGCCGCAUCCUUCUUCCUUCCCUUCUUUUAA